CGGAGCUGCGGGGCGGGAGCCGGCGCGUCCUCGCCGCCGCGCUCGGGCGGAGGCUGUGUGCUUGCGGACCGGGCCCCAGGGCGCCUCCGAUGGCGGGGCCGCGGGUGGAGGUGGACGGCGGGCUCCUGGAAGGGGGCGGCCAGAUCCUGAGGGUGUCCACGGCCCUGAGCUGUCUCCUGGGCGUGCCCUUGCGGGUGCAGAAGAUCCGAGCCGGCCGCAGCACGCCUGGCCUGCGGCCUCAGCAUUUGUCUGGACUGGAGAUGGUUCGGGAUCUGUGUGCCGGGCAGCUGGACGGGGCGGAGAUCGGCUCCACGGAGAUAUCGUUCACGCCGGGGAAGAUCAGAGGCGGGACCCACACGGCGGACACCAAGACGGCAGGGAGCGUGUGCCUCUUGCUGCAGGUGUCCAUGCCCUGUGUCCUCUUCGCUGCCUCCCCGUCGGAGCUGCGGCUCAGAGGCGGGACCAACGCCGAGAUGGCCCCGCAGAUCGACUACACGGCCACGGUUUUCAAGCCCAUUGUUGAAAAAUUUGGCAUCAAAUUUAAUUGUGACAUUAAAAUGAGGGGUUACUACCCAAAAGGGGGUGGUGAAGUGAUUGUCCGAAUGUCACCAGUUAAGCAGUUGAACCCCAUAAAUUUAACUGACCGUGGCUCCGUGACCAAGAUACACGGGAGAGCAUUUGUGGCUGGUGUGUUGCCGUUUAAAGUGGCGAAGGACAUGGCAGCGGCGGCGGUACGGUGCCUCAGGAAGGAGUUCCGGGACCUGUACGUGAACAUCCAGCCCGUCCAGGAGCCCGCGGACCGGGCCUUCGGCAACGGCAGUGGCAUCAUCAUCACCGCGGAGACGUCCACGGGCUGUUUGCUGGCCGGGUCAUCGCUCGGUAAACGAGGUGUAAACGCCGAUAAGGUUGGCAUUGACGCUGCCGAAAUGCUCUUAGCAAACCUGCGACACGGUGGUGCCGUGGAUGAGCAUCUGCAAGACCAGCUGAUCAUUUUCAUGGCCUUAGCCAAUGGAAUUUCCAGAAUAAAAACAGGGCCGGUUACGCUCCACACACAAACGGCUAUUCAUUUCGCUGAACAACUAGCAAAGGCUAAAUUUACUGUGAAGAAAUCAGAAGAUGAGGAAGAUGCUUCUAAAGACACCUAUAUUAUUGAGUGCCAAGGAAUCGGGAUGACAAAUCCAAAUCUAUAGGGUACUGGGCUCUUAAGGCACCUCAGUGAUCGGUGGCACUCACUCAUUUCAACAAGUACUGCAAGGCGACGAGUAAGAAGCGACUUGUUCAAGAGCCUGGCUCCAACUCGGAGGCGGGGUGCAGGGUGCCCUCGGUGUGCUGAGGGCGCCCCGUCAGAGCCCUCGCCCUUUGAACGUCUCCCGCGAUCUGGCAGGACGAUGGAUGAGUCAGCAGACAUGUCCGACGGCAGCCGAUUCCAGCAUGGAAGUGUUGACAUGUGUUCUUUCCCCUGAAGUGUGCUUUUCUUUUUUACGUAAUAAAUUACGUCAGGAAGGGUGCGCUGGCUGCGAUUCCUGGGCAGCUUGGAUCUCUUCCCUGGAGUCUCGGGUGACCAUUACGAGGCGACCUCCUGCACCGGCCUCGCUGUGCCGAUGAUUGACUGAGUGGGCAUUUUCUCAUUCUAACUCCACGCACCUUCUUUCUUGUUGGGCACUUGGUCAAUAUCGGUUUUGAAUCUGGGGAACACGUUGGGAAAGCCAAACCAGGAGAGCUGCAGAAGUUCAGCCCCAGCUGUGUUUCUUCGGGUUGGUUGUAGUCUGAGAUCGUCGAGCGCCUUUAGAACGGAGGGCGCCUUCCCUCGCCUGCGCUGUCGUACCCCGGGCCGUCCCCACCGGGAUUACUUCCCGUCCUGGGGC